GCCUAUUUUAUUACAGCUGGGAGCGGCUGUAGAGUACUCGUCUUAUUUUAUACCUGGUUAAGUUAAGCGUUUGUGGUCCAUAUAUUGAACGGCAUGUCUUCCACUGCUGUUCGGCCGGUGGAGAGAAAGACUGUGUUUACUAUUGAACGAAUCUUGGGAUUAGACGGAAAGGAGCAAAGUACUGUACCUGUAAAGCCGCAUAGACCAUGGAUAGAUGCAUGCAGCAAUUUGGUCGGAUCCGAAUCGCAAUUUACACAGGAGACGAAAUGCAAACAGGAUUCAUGCGACCGACCGGCUUCAGAUUCGUACAAGAGAACCUUGAACUGGUAUAUCGGUCGCAGGCCCCGAACCGCAUUUACCGGUGCACAGAUUGAGAUCCUGGAAAGCAUAUUUCAAAUCAAUUCCUACCCUGGCAUAGAUUUGAGAGAGGAGCUGGCCAAGAGACUGGAACUGGAGGAGGACAGGAUCCAGAUCUGGUUUCAGAACCGGCGGGCGAAGCUGAAGCGAUCUCACAGGGAAUCUCAGUUCCUGAUGGUGAAGAGAGCCUUCUCCAAUCUCCAUGACCAGGCAGGACACUAAUAUUCCCCACAGACUCAAUAUCAGAGAUGCACAUUCACAAACCAUCUCCUCUGAUAUCCAGCUAGUCGCUGUUGGCCCCAGAAUCCCACUAUUUUUGUACAGUCUAAACCAGGGGUCUCUAACUUCCGUCCUGCAGAGAACACACUCUGUACAGGUACGUUCUCUGACUGUUCCACCACCUGAUUCAACUUCUCUGCUAAUUGCCACCCAUUUCUUGAAUUGAAGCAGGUGUGUUAAAUGAGGGGAAACCCAAAAAUGUGCAGGGUUGGGACUCUCCAGGAGUUGAAGACCCCUGGUUUGAACGCUUGUGUAUAUACAGAUGUAUUCCUUUUUAUUUGAAAAUGUCUCUGUAUAAUAUGUAUGCUUCAAUUGUUUCAGCAUGUUUGUAGAUAAGCUAACAAUUUUAUAGUAAAUUGACAGAAUCUCUGGUCUUAGUUUACCUGAAGUGGUUUUCUGUUCCUCUUUUGUUGAGGGAGGGGUCAGAAAUCAGCCAGCAUGUACUGUAGCUAAAUACACAUGCAGGUAGACCAGCCUAUUGUCAUGUAUAGUGUGGGUUUUAAUGGUCAGUGCUUUAAUUCGCCUCCAGAAAGCCCGUCAUACUGGGUUAAGUCCCACUCAGGUCAUGCAAAUGCCCCCCCCACAAAAGUAAUUUGUCUUAAUGGUACAGUUACAGCAACUUAGUGCAGGAGACAAAGCACUGGUAGAAAUAAGUAGUUAAUUUAAUUUACAACUGUAUU